AGGAAGGUGUGAACUGUAAAGUAAACUAGUCAUCCAGAAAGAAAGAAAAACGAGAAAAUACAUAUAAUAUGACCAAACUCAAGCAUAUAAAAAAAUCUCAACAGAGGAAACAAAGCAUAGAAAGCAUCAUCGAAAGCCCAACCACUCUCAACAAAAAGUUCUCUUUCUAAAUCCUAAACUCAAAAAAAAAACAAAAAAAAAACAUAAAAGAAAACAAGAAGCGUAUGGAAGAAGAAGACGGAGGCGCGUCUACGCCGUUUUGGCUCCAAUCCCGCCGCAAUAACACUUACUUCCACCGUACAUCUAGUCUCGGCAACCGCGCAACCUCCGUCGCAAUCCAAUCAUUCUUCGCCGGAGUAGCUGCGAUCCUCAUAGUCUUCUUCAUCAUCCCUCCCUUCUUCUCCUCCGUUUCUCAGUUUCUCCGACCACACCUUGUCCGUAAAAGCUGGGACUAUCUCAACUUCGUCCUCGUACUCUUCGCCGUCGUCUGCGGCUUCCUCAGCCGCAACACCGGCAACAACGACGAAAGCAAUCACAACAAGGAAGAAGAAGCUGCUAAAAGCAAUGACGUCAUCAACGGAUACAGUUUCGACAAGUACUCAUCGAGCUCGCCGUCGAUCAUCGAACGUGGUCGUAGUGUUGCCACGCCGCGUUACUGGAUCGACGAUCGCGGCGGAGAUCAGUUUCAGGAUCAGACGGUGUACAAGAGGUUUAGUAGGUUACGGAGUGUUAGCUCGUAUCCAGAUCUGAGGAACCGAGAGUUUGAAACCGAUGAACGGUGGAGAUUUUACGACGAUACACGUGUCAGUGAAUGCCGUUACGAAGCUUCAGAUCCGAUCUAUCAAAGUCAAGAAGACGGCGUUGACGGCGGAGGAGGGAAGCUCCGUUCCGAUACUGAGAAAGUUGAGGUCGUUGAGACGGCGACGGCUGAAGUAGUGGAAGAGAUAUCGGCGUCUUGUAAUCCGGCGCCUCCACCUUCUGCUCCGCCGUCUCCUCCGCCGCCUCCUCCUCCAACGUCUAAGAGGAGGACAAAGAGAGUGUACCACGAUGUUGCUCCAAAGGAAGAGAAGGAGAGAGCUGAUUUUGUGGAGGAGACGAUUAAUACGAUUCCGCCUCCUGCGACGACUGUGUAUCGGAAGAGCAGUAAAAAGGAGAAGAAGAAAGGCGGAGCAACCAAGGAGUUUCUGAUCGCGCUAAGGAGGAAGAAGAAGAAGCAGCGGCAACAGAGCAUCGACGGUCUUGAUUUACUCUUCGGCUCCGAUCCUCCUCCGCCGUCAAGUUCACCUCCGCAUCCUCCUCCGCCGCCGCCUCCACCACCUUUCUUCCAGGGACUCUUCUCGUCCAAAAAAGGUAAAAGCAAGAGAACCUAUUCAAAUCCGCCGCCUCCUCCGCCGCCACCACCGCACCGGAACUUCCAGUCCCGCGCAUCAGCGGCGAGCAUCCGCAAAGCUCCGAUGGAAUCCAAUCCGCCGGCUGAAGUAACACGAUUCACCGGAAGCGAAUCGCCACUGUUGCCCAUCCCUCCGCCGCCGCCUCCACCGCCGUUUAAAAUGCCGGCGUGGAAGUUCGUGAAGCGUGGAGAUUACGUGAGGAUGGCUAGCAACAUCAGCAUAAGCUCAGACGAGCAUGAGGAUGAUCAGGAUGUAGCUCAAACCGGUAAGAGCAACGGUAGUAUGUUCUGUCCGAGUCCUGAUGUAGAUACCAAAGCUGAGGAUUUCAUCGCGAGGAUCAGAGCUGGGCUCAAGUUGGAGAAGAUGAACUCUGUGAAAAGAGGGAGAUCUAAUUUAGGACCCGAACCCGGUCCAGAUGAAUCCAAAUCUUAAACGGGUUGUAGGCCUAGGCCCAAUCGUAUAGAUGUUGGUUUCCUUUUGUAUCUGUGUUUUCUUUCUUGAACGUCGGAUUCCUUUUUGGUGAGUUGUUGAUUUUUUUGUUCUUACAUUUAUUUAUUUUCCUAUGUGGUGUAUGCAAUUCUAGCCCAUCAUAUGGCUAACCAAAAGAUCUUUUAUGUACUUCGUGAGAAAAAAAAUUAUGUUAUUUGUUUCAGUCAA